AGGCGCCUCAGUCUAUGCUCGAGACGCGGCAGCGUAAGUAUGGGGUGCGCGCGCAGGACCCCGCGAGACGUAUCGUACGGCAUUGCGCUUUGAACCGUUUGACGACGAGCAACGAGACGACGCAACGAUUCCGAAACGCUCUCGACAGGAGAUAAGAAGGACAAACACAAUUCUCAUCCCCAUCUGCCACCAAAAUCGCCCCUCGACGCUCCUCGACGACUUGCCGUCUCUCGACAACAGCGGUUGUUCGCGGCGCGAGCGCGCCUAAUCGCGUGCAUGUCGCUGGGAAAUCCGACCGGCACCGAACGUUCGAUUUUCCGCUCGAUGAGUGAAAGAUUCGUCGCGCUAUCGUGAAACGAGAUCGGGAUCCUCGCGGGAUUCUCCGCGAUUGUGGUGAUCCGGUGUUGGUGACUCGGCAAGGAAGGAUCUCCCUGGAUUCGCGAAGUAUCAAACUUUUCGAAUAGUUGAAACCAUGUCGGUGUUACUGGAAGGUAGAUCGUACAGGCCGUUCAAGUCCUCGGAGGAGUACCUGAUAGCGAUGAAAGAGGACCUGGCUGAAUGGCUGAACGCCCUAUAUCCAGAGCUCAGGAUCAAUCUGGACAAUUUUAUGGACAGGCUGGACACCGGCGUCGCUCUAUGCAAACAUGCGAACAACGUGCGGAAAUAUGCGGGCGAUUACGUGGCCCGACGUCAGGCCCGCAAAAUGCCGAUGACACGUUCGAUAACCUCCCUGGCGCUGCCGAUGAGCCAGGUAGGUGACGUGCCCUACCUGCCCAACGCCAAAGCCGGCACCUUCUUCGCCCGCGACAACGUCUCAAACUUCAUCGAUUGGUGCCGCAACAAUCUCGGGAUCAUCGAGUGCCUGCUCUUCGAGACCGAGGAUCUGAUAAUGCGUAAGAACGAGCGACACGUGAUAUUAUGCCUGCUGGAAGUGGCGCGUCGCGGCGCCAAGUUCGGGAUGUUGGCGCCGUUGCUGGUGCAAAUGGAGAGGCAGAUCGAUCGCGAGAUCGCCGCCGAGAACAAGGCGGCGAAUGGCACCGACAACGAGGAGAGCGACGACGAGUACGAGGAAGAGCCGUGUCUCAUAUACGGACCGCAGCCGCAGAUCGUCACGAACGAUCUCAAGACCCUCCACGAGUUGGUCCGCGAUAUCGUAGAGGAAUGCACAUGUCCAACGCAAUUUCCGAUGAUUCAUGUGGCGGAGGGCAAGUAUCGAAUUGGCGACACCAAGGUCACGAUCUACGUCCGGGUCCUACGAAGUCACGUGAUGGUGCGUGUCGGUGGUGGAUGGGAUACUCUGAGCCAUUAUUUAGAAAAACACGAUCCGUGCCGAUGCAGAAACUCCCAUCGCUCGAUGGUAUCAGCGAAGCUCAUUCAAAAGGCUGGUGGAUCCUUCGACCUGGGUAACGCGCAGGUGCAUUAUGAACGAUCAUCACCUCCGAGAACCCGGCGAAGUUCCGCGUCGAGCGUCGGUUCGGUGCAGAAUCUACAAUCGGCGCAGCUGCACGCACCACCCAGAAGCAUUUCUAGCAAUCGCUCGCGAUCGCCCACACCUCACCGACCGACGACCGGCAGCAAGCAACAACACCAGCCGCAAUCGAGCGACGAGUUGAAGAAGCGCUCGAGGAGUCCCACGCCGCAUAGAAAACUAUUGGCGAGCCCGAAUCAGCAUCAGACCGAUUUGGCGAAGCAGAGAUCGAGGUCGCCGACGCCCAGGGCGAAUCUGCGAUCGAGAAGCCCGACACCACGGAAGAAUAUCGAUUCCAGAAGGAACGCCAACGAGGAGGCGCGAUCGCCAACCUAUCACGGAAAGCUUCAGGAAAAUACUCGAGAGUCCGGUCUUAAAGUGUCGGGCGAGUUUACGAAACGAUACAUCGUGGAGGGUGGUGUGGCGCGUCGCGCCGUCGAGAGAGACGACACGCCAAAGUACGAGCCGUCUAUCUACAACUACAAGUGCAGCGAGGACUCGAGCGGCAGCCGAAGCCCCACGCCGAGUAAAGAGGAACAACCACCCAUCGAGACUUUCGGCAAGGACACCACGGCGAACACCCAGAAGUCGCCGCACGGCGAUGGAGAGCACUCGGACAACUGCAGCGAGGUGUCCGACGAGGGUUACCGAAGCCUCGGUGCCGUCCAAUCGUCCACCGCCAACGGGAAUUCCACCAGCACGCAGAGCUCGCCCACGGUUGCCGAUUGUCAAAAGCAACCGCCAAAAACAGAAUCCGAGGAAAGAUCUGGCGUGGAGACCGAUAGCAUCGAGACCGGGCUGCGCAAGGUAAUUCGAAAGGAUAGGCUAGCGAGUCCUUUGCGGGUCUCGUCCCCGUCCAGGAGCGUGGCGUCUUCGUCGACGGGCGACAGGACGCCACGCGCCAGUUCUGUCGUGCGAGAAAAUAGCAAUCUAUCCAAGACGUCAUCCGGUAGUAAGACACCCAAAGACAGCAAUUCUAGCCCGGAGAGUAGCCCGUUAAACCGAGGUGGUUCGAUACGCAGAGGCAACGGAAGCUACGGGACGGUACGUAAGUCAACGCCGACCGGAAGUCUUAGUAAAACGCUGUCACCGAUACCGAUACCCAAAGCGAAAACGUCCGUCGGCGGUAGUGCCACGUGGAACGGCCGUCAGACUAGACGGCGAGCUAGCAUUCAGACGGAUACUUUCCUGGAUCCGAGAUCGACACCGGCCACGUGCGCCACGACGCCGAGUUUCUCGCGGAAGAGUCCAGGUAGGCAGAGUCUGCAAUCGCGGCCGAACCUGAACAGUAGCAUUCAAUACGAUAGGAAUGGCAGGAGGAUCAGAACGGCUACGGGUACCGCUUCUCUCCAGUCAUCGCCUACCAAGGUGACGAAUCCGCUGCUCGAUCAGAUUCUGCAAAAACUGGGCGAUUUGAAGGAUGAGCGUGAAAUGGUGCAGAAACUGCAAGGCCUCCUGAGGGACUAUCAGGCUAACUCGGCCGACGAUGCCGCGAAUAUGGAUUUUGCCAAAAUGUGGGUGGACAGUAACGGGACGAUGACUGUUCCCCAGGACGUUCAGGUAUCGGUUAGUCCCCGAAAAGAUCCGAAACCCCAGGAAGGUUGCUCGAGGAUACCGGUGCCUCGUACCGUCCCCUAUAAAAGACCGAUGUCUGUGGCAUCGGACAGCGUUUGAGAGUGGUUUUUCUUUUUCGAUCGGGUCUUGAGGAUCGAGAUAUAUCGGGUAACCUUCCAGUGUUAGACUAAGUUAGGCUGAUCGAGUCAGCACUGACGUUAGCGAGAGCAACUAUACCGAGGCGAAUAUCGCGCCUCUUGCUGCGCUUGAUUCUUGAUUCGAUUUAAUAGACAAGUCGGACGUCUUAAUCACGAUAGAACAUGAGAGGAAUGUAUAUAUAUGUUUUAUAGUUGACUUAAAAAUACUUAUAUGUUUUAUAAUUGACUUAAAAAGAUAGUAUUUAAAGGGGGAUUCAAAGAAGAAAGAGAGAGAUCUAUAAUUUAAAAAGUUCACAGAUUUUUAGGCGUAGGAAAAGAAAAAUCGAGAGUCCACGAUAAUUGAAUUAUUCCAUAAAAGGAUCACUUUUCAGGAAAUUUUCAGGAAGUAUCAUAAAAAAGCAUCUUCCGUAAAAUUAAA